CUUUCCCUCGCCCCAGGCAGCCUCCAGCCGCCGCCCGGCUCCUCCGGCCAGGGCCCCGCCGCCCGGCGCUGUCUGUCCCCGGCGGGUGCUGAACCGCCGGGGCGGGAGCGGGGCCCGGAGCCCCCCCGGCCUCUCCCCGGCGCCCGGAGGCGAGGUGGGCGGCGAAGGGCGCCGCGGGGGGAUGGGGGGAGCGGGCGGCCACCCCGCGCCGCCCGCCUGAGCCCGCCCGAGCCCCGCGCACAAAGCCGCGCCGCGGCCAUGGAAGAGGAGCUGAAGUGCCCGGUGUGCGGCUCGCUCUUCCGGGAGCCCAUCAUCCUGCCCUGCUCGCACAAUGUCUGCCUGCCCUGCGCCCGCACCAUCGCCGUUCAGACCCCGGAGAGCGAGCAGCACCUGCCGCCCCUGCUCCACCCGCGGGGCCCUGCGCCGCCGCCCGCCGCCGCGGCGCCGGGGCCGGGGCCGGGGGCGACCGCGGGCUCCGCCGCCUGCCUGGACUCGGAGUGCGCGGCGGGCGGCGGCGGCGGCGGCGGCGGCGGCGGCGGCGGCGGCGGCGGCGGCGGCGGCGGCGGCGGCGGCGGCGGGGGGGACCACGCGGACAAGCUGAGCCUGCACAGCGAGACCGACAGCGGCUACGGCUCCUACACGCCCAGCCUGAAGUCCCCCAACGGCGUGCGGGUGCUGCCGCUGGUGCCGGCGCCCCCGGGAGCAGCGGCGGCGGCGGCUCCGCGGGGCACCGGCCCCGCCAGCUCCUCCCUCACCUGCCCGCAGUGCCACCGGAGCGCCUCGCUGGACCAGCGCGGCCUGCGCGGCUUCCAGCGCAACCGGUUGCUGGAGGCCAUCGUGCAGCGCUACCAGCAGGGCCGCGCCGCCGCCGCCGCCAAGUGCCAGCUCUGCGACCGCAGCCCGCCCGAGCCGGCCGCGGUGCUGUGCGAGCAGUGCGAGGUGCUGUACUGCAGCGCCUGCCAGCUCCGCUGCCACCCGGCCCGCGGGCCCUUCGCCAAGCACCGCCUGGCGCCGCCGCCCGCACACCCGGGCGCCCCCGACGGCGGCGGCGGCGGCGGCGGGAAGGGGGCGGGCGGCGGCUGCAAGCUGCCGACGUGCGCCGAGCACGACCUGGAGAACUACAGCAUGUACUGCGUGAGCUGCCGCAGCCCCGUCUGCUACCAGUGCCUGGAGGAGGGCAAGCACGGCAAGCACGAGGUGAAGGCCCUGGGCGCCAUGUGGAAGCAGCACAAGGCACAGCUGUCUCAGGCUUUAAAUGGUGUUUCAGAUAAAGCAAAGGAAGCUAAAGAAUUUUUGGUUCAGCUGAAAAAUUUACUGCAGCAGAUCCAGGAGAACGGGUUGGAUUACGAAGCCUGUCUUGUCGCUCAGUGUGAUGCCUUGGUUGAUGCGUUAACGCGACAAAAGGCAAAACUGCUCACAAAGGUGACCAAAGAACGUGAGCACAAGCUGAAGGUUGUUUGGGACCAGAUAAAUCACUGUACACUGAAGCUACGCCAGUCAACAGGGCUCAUGGAGUACUGCCUAGAAGUUAUCAAAGAAAAUGAUCCCUCUGGGUUUUUACAGAUUUCGGAUGCUUUAAUCAAGCGUGUUCAGGUAUCUCAGGAACAGUGGGUCAAAGGAGCCUUGGAGCCAAAAGUGUCUGCUGAAUUUGACUUGACUCUGGAUAGUGAACCUUUACUGCAGUCGAUUCACCAGCUGGAUUUUAUUCAGAUGAAAUUUCCUGUUACAGUGCCACCCGUCCCAUUACUGCAGCUGGAGAAGUGUUGCACCAGAAACAACAGUGUGACAUUGGCCUGGAGGAUGCCACCUUUGAGCCACAACCUGGUGGAGGGUUAUAUCUUGGAACUUGAUGAUGGAGAUGGUGGCCAAUUCCGAGAAGUAUAUGUUGGCAAGGAGACUCUCUGCACCAUCGAUGGCCUUCAUUUCAACAGUACCUAUAAUGCAAGGGUCAAAGCUUUCAAUGCAUCGGGAGUUGGUCCUUACAGCAAGACAGUUAUUUUACAGACGUCAGAUGUGGCCUGGUUCACCUUCGACCCCUCCUCAGCUCACAGAGACAUAGUGCUGUCAAAUGACAACCAGACUGUCACCUGCAACAGCUACGAUGACCGGGUUGUUCUUGGCACAGCAGCCUUCUCCAAGGGCGUGCAUUACUGGGAACUGCAUGUGGACCGGUAUGACAACCAUCCAGAUCCAGCCUUUGGCAUUGCCAGGAUUAACGUUGUCAAGGACAUGAUGCUCGGCAAGGACGACAAGGCAUGGGCCAUGUACGUUGACAACAACCGCAGCUGGUUCAUGCACUGCAAUUCUCACACCAAUCGGACCGAAGGAGGAGUUUCUAAAGGUGCCACUGUCGGUGUUCUCCUGGAUCUGAACAAGCACAACCUGACCUUUUACAUAAAUGGGCAGCAGCAAGGGCCUCCAGCGUUUGAAAAUGUCGAGGGUGUCUUCAUGCCUGCAUUGAGCCUCAAUCGAAACGUCCAGGUGACCCUGCACACAGGACUGGAGGUGCCACAGUGUGUAAAACAGCCCAAGUUGCCCAACAACUGAUGAAGCCUCUGCCUGACCCUGUGCUGGAUUCUGUAAGCUUUCUCAGUGUGAUUUGGCACUUUUCAGUAAGUCAGUGAAAAAGCAGUCUCUUCCCUGACUUAAACCAUUGUACAGUAUGUUGCUCACUGAAUAAUCUGCUGGUUACAGCUAGCCCACUCCAUUUUUAAUUUAACAGCCAUAGUGAGCAUACCCACUGAACUGACGGUCAAUUGCAUGUGGGUACCUGAACAUAUAUACACUUCAUACAUAUGUACACACAUGUGCACACAUACAUGUACAUUUGUAAAGCAAAAGGUAAAAUGAGUGUAUUUUCUCUCUCAUGGCUAGAAUUUCGCUUAAAAGAUAUUAUGGAUGAUGGAAAAAAUGGGUAAGACUAAGACUGGGGGACAACGGCUUUUGGAGCAAUUUACCAGUGGGUGAACUAGAUUCCCUUGCCACCUGAAGUCCUUAAAUCAAGAAAGCAUAUGUUUUGACAGCUGAAGUGGAGGCUGUGUGCUCAAGAAUUCCUGAUUGUCCAUUACAUUCAGGGGCUCAAGUGACCAUUAAUUAUUCCUUCUGGCUUUAGACUGCAGUAAGAUGUUCCCCUAGAAUUCAGUGGCAGAAUUUAUCUCAUUAUCUUCAACGAGAAUAAGAUUGGUUUCCAGACACUGCCAUGUAAUAGUUGUGCUCAUUUUAGCUAACACCAUGAUACACACAGAAUUCAGAUACCAGAAGUAGAGAGAAAAAUAUCCUUGAUACAUUUUAGUGUUUGUUACUUAGUUGUCAUUGUGGAGACUAUCACAUACAGAAGAUCUGACUGUGAUUAUCAGCACAACUCUUGAAAAAGGGCACAGGGGAGAUCCCUCUGAAUUGAACUGAGAAGAGACUUAUUUAAAUAUGGCACAUA